AUGAAGACACUACUGUUGGGUUUAGCUUUGUGGUUACUGCUCUUUCAGCCCGGGCUAACGUUCUUGUUCCACCAGUCCUGCUACCAUGACAACUAUGAGAUCAGCGUCCUGAUGAUGAACAACUCAGCCUUCCCAGAGCCCCACGACAACUUGAAAGAUGCGGUGUCAGAGGGGCUCGAAAUAGUGAGAAAACGGCUACAAGAUGCUGGUAAGAUGGUACUAGAAUCUUCCUCUGCUCUGUUACCACCACUGGGGACAAAGAAAGAAGAAACAGUGGGCUGUGCCCUCAUAGGGCCCUCGUGCACGUACUCCACCUUCCAGAUGUACCUUGACAUGGAGCUGAGCUACCCCAUGAUUUCAGCUGGAAGUUUUGGAUUGUCGUGUGACUAUAAAGAAACCUUGACCAGGCUAAUGACUCCAGCCAGGAAAUUGAUGUACUUCUUGGUUAACUUUUGGAGGAUCAAUGAUAUGCCAUUUAAAACAUUUUCCUGGAACUCUUCCUAUGUUUACAAGGAUGGCACGGAGUCUGAGGACUGUUUCUGGUACCUCAAUGCUCUGGAGGCUGGAGUUUCCUAUUUUUCCCAGGAACUCAGUUUUAAGGAGACAUUGAGAAAUAAGGAUCAGUUUCAGGCUAUCUUAACAGACCGCAACAGGAAAAGCAAUGUGAUCGUUACGUGUGGCACACCAACCAACAUCAGCACCCUCAAGGGUAACCACACAGCGGCUGAAGACAUUAUCAUUAUUCUAGUGGAUCUAUUCAAUAACUACUACUUUAAGGAAAAUACCACAGCCCCUGACUUUAUGGAAAAUGUCCUUGUUCUGACACUGCCUCCUGAAAAUUUCACUGCAAAUUACUCUCUCUUCAAAAACUUUUCAACGGUAAGAAACCACUUUGGUCUUGCCUACUUGAAUGGAAUCUUGCUCUUUGGACACAUGCUGAAGAUAUUUCUUGAAAAUAAAGAAGAUAUUCCCACCCGCAAGUUUGCUUACGCCUUCAGGAACAUCACUUUUGAAGGGUAUGGGGGUCCCGUGACCUUGGAUGACUGUGGGGAUGUGGACAAUACCAUGGUGCUUCUGUAUACCUCUGUGGAAACCAAGAAAUACAUACCUCUUUUGAAAUUUGACACCCAUGUAAAUAAGACCUUCCCAAUGGACAGCAAUCCUACAUUCAUCUGGAAGAACCAUAAACUUCCUAAUGAUGUUCCAGGCCAGGGCCCUCAGGUCCUGCUGAUUGCAGUGUUCACCCUCGCUGGAGUUCUGAUACUGCUCCUGCUCAUUGCCCUCCUGGUGCUCAGAAAAUAUAAAAGAGAUAAUGAACUCCGUCAGAAAAAAUGGUCCCACAUCCCUCCCGAAAAUAUCUUUCCUCUGGAGACCAAUGAGACCAAUCACAUUAGCCUGAAGAUCGAUGAUGACAAGAGACGAGAUACAAUCCAGAGACUACGACAAUGCAAAUAUGACAAAAAGCGAGUGAUCCUCAAAGAUCUCAAGCACAAUGAUGGUAAUUUCACUGAGAAACAGAAGAUUGAAUUGAACAAGUUACUUCAGAUUGACUAUUACAACCUGACCAAGUUCUACGGCACAGUGAAGCUUGACACCAUGAUCUUUGGGGUGAUUGAAUAUUGCGAGAGGGGGUCACUGCGGGAAGUUUUAAAUGACACAAUUUCCUACCCUGAUGGUACAUUCAUGGAUUGGGAGUUUAAGAUCUCUGUCUUGUAUGACAUUGCUAAGGGGAUGUCAUAUCUGCACUCCAGUAAGACUGAAGUCCAUGGUCGUCUGAAGUCCACCAACUGUGUGGUAGACAACAGAAUGGUGGUGAAGAUCACGGAUUUUGGAUGCAAUUCCAUUUUACCUCCCAAGAAAGACUUGUGGACAGCUCCGGAGCACCUCCGCCAAGCCAACAUCUCUCAGAAAGGAGAUGUGUACAGCUAUGGCAUCAUAGCGCAGGAGAUCAUCCUGCGGAAAGAAACCUUCUACACGCUGAGUUGCCGGGACCGAAAUGAAAAGAUUUUCAGAGUGGAAAAUUCCAAUGGAACGAAACCCUUCCGUCCAGAUCUAUUCCUGGAAACAGCAGAGGAGAAAGAGCUAGAAGUAUAUCUACUUGUAAAAAACUGCUGGGAGGAAGAUCCAGAAAAGAGACCAGAUUUCAAAAAAAUUGAGAAUACACUGGCCAAGAUAUUUGGCCUUUUUCAUGACCAAAAGAAUGAAAGUUACAUGGAUACUUUGAUCCGACGUCUGCAACUGUAUUCUCGCAACCUAGAACAUCUGGUAGAGGAAAGGACACAGCUGUACAAGGCAGAGAGGGACAGAGCUGACAGACUCAACUUUAUGUUGCUCCCAAGACUGGUGGUGAAGUCUCUGAAGGAGAAAGGCUUUGUGGAGCCAGAGCUCUACGAGGAAGUUACAAUCUACUUCAGUGACAUCGUAGGCUUCACUACCAUCUGCAAAUACAGCACCCCCAUGGAAGUGGUGGACAUGCUUAAUGACAUCUAUAAGAGUUUUGACCACAUUGUUGAUCACCAUGAUGUCUACAAGGUGGAAACCAUUGGUGAUGCCUACAUGGUGGCUAGUGGUUUGCCUAAGAGAAAUGGCAAUCGUCAUGCAAUAGACAUUGCCAAGAUGGCCUUGGAAAUCCUCAGCUUCAUGGGCACCUUUGAGCUGGAGCAUCUUCCUGGCCUCCCAAUAUGGAUUCGCAUUGGAGUUCACUCUGGUCCCUGUGCUGCUGGAGUUGUAGGAAUCAAGAUGCCUCGUUAUUGCCUAUUUGGAGAUACUGUCAACACAGCGUCCAGGAUGGAAUCCACUGGGCUCCCCUUGAGAAUUCAUGUGAGUGGCUCCACUAUCGCCAUCCUGAAGAGAACUGAACACCAGUUCUUGUAUGAAGUGAGGGGAGAAACGUACUUAAAGGGAAGAGGCAAUGAGAUCACCUACUGGCUGACCGGGAUGAAGGACCAGAAAUACAACCUGCCGACCCCUCCCACUGUGGAGAAUCAACAGCGUUUGCAAGCAGAGUUUUCAGACAUGAUUGCCAACUCUUUAAAGAAAAGGGAGGCUACGGGGAUAAGAAACCAAAAACCACGACGGGUAGCCAGCUAUAAAAAAGGUACUCUGGAAUACUUGCAGCUCGGGACCACGGGCCAGGACAACACCUAUUUUUAAACCUAAAUGAGGUGUAUGGACUCACACCAAUUAAAUACAGCUGCACUAAGCAGUGACCUUACAUGUCCAGAAAGCCUGCAUUUUCCUGAGACCUCAAUGAAAUAGGAAGAUACUUAGCCUUGGCUGCCCAGUCUGGAACAUAGACCUUCCGUGAAUCAGAUGCAUGUUCUCGGUGAAAUAACUGUCUUCGACUCUGAAACUUAUCCCAACAGUUGUUCUAGGAAACUUCCACCUGGAAAAGAAAAGAAAUGAAUAGGCUAUCUAGAACUUGGGGAGAUUUUGUUCUUAUUCAUUUAUUUUUG